AUGCAGGUGCGGGAGCUGAGCGGCACGGUGAUGCCAGUUGGGGACACGGAGAUCUUCAGCCUGAAGGACGCGGCACGCCCUCCCAGCGAAGCUGAGCUGCGCAAAAAGCUGACACCAGAGGAGGCAUGCACACUGGAAGCAUGCUAUGUCGCCGCCUUCCGCAUGAAGCAGCGAGGCCUGGUGAUGCAUGAGAAGCUGGAUAAAGCUGCGUCUGCACCUUGGACUCUCACUGACGCAUUUGUUACCCACUUCAGGGAGGGCAAGGCUCAGCUGCAGCUGGCAGGCGCAGCCGAUCCGACCGGCCGCGGAUUUGGUUACAGCUUUGUGAGGGAUGUCCGGCACAAGCAUGCCAAUGCUGAUGACGUCACCAAACAGAUGGCAAAGCGUCAGGCAGGCAAGGUGCAGGGAACAGAUGCAGACCUGCGCCGCAUGACCACUGCUCAGGCAAAAGAGCGUCUCAGAGGUUACGGAAUGACCGAGGAGGAGAUCCAGGGACUGGGCAGGUGGACCAUGAUCGACAUGGCAAUCAAGUUUGUGCGGCAUCAGAAGACCACGAUGAUUGAGCUGCAGCGGCGGGCGGCCGAGAAGGCGCAGCAGAUCCUGGAGAAACAGAUGGCUGUCCUGAACAACUCUGCUGGCGAGGAUCUAGGCGAUCAGGACGCCCUCGAGGCUGAGCUUGAGCAGGAGCUGGCAGCUGCAGAGGAGGCAGCCGAGGCCGAGGGCGGAGGGGCCACCAGCAGGCCCACACCCCAGAGCAAGAAGGGCAAGCGCGAGGGCACACCCACCGCCGAUGAUGAGCAGCGCAUGAUGCAACAGAUGCGAGCAGAGGGCCUCAUGGAUGCCGCAGCAGGUGCUGGUGCCACAGAUGCUGGCACUGCAGCGGCAGCACCAUCUUGGACCCCAGGACCAGGGGGUGCUGGCGGACCGGCGCCCAAGGAGGGGUUUGGCACAAAGCGCAUCAGGCGGGAAGUGUUUCUGAAAGCAGCAGAUGGCAGCUGGCAGAAGUCGCAUGAGAUUGUUUACAUGGGACGGGAUCGCCCAGGCCAGCUGCAUUCACUGUACCAGGCAAGUGCCGACCGAAGGAGCUUCGGCUCAGCUAUGCUGCCGCCAGGGGCCGAGGCAUGGGGCGCAGCGGAAGCCGCCCUGGUCCUUCUGCGCGCGGACGUGGAGCAGGCGGCAGGGGACGCGGUGGCAAGACGGCAGCCCAGGUCCGACUUUGAGGAUGAGUUUGAGGAUGAGUUUGAGGAGGAGGAGGAGGAGCUGUCCGAUGAAGAUGAAGAAAUGUUUGAGGAGGAGGAUCCGGGCACCAGCGAUGAAGGAGCUACACCACAGCGUCAGCUGGGCACGGUUGGGCGCCAGCUGGGUGCCAUCCUGAGCGCCAUUGUGCAGCAGCUGCGCAACACAAAAAUGCCGUUUGGCUACCCUCAGAAGAUGACAAAGGUGUACGAGCUGGUUUAUGGCAAAGUGCCCAGCAACAAGCACGCCCCCGACUACCACGCUUUUGUGCCCAAGUCGAGCGUCAUCAUCCUGCCAGAGGUGCAAAAGAAGGCCAAGGCGGGGCGUUACCUCUCCCUGGAGCAGUUCAGGGCCGACCUGCAGCAGUUGUACAACAAUGCCGUGGCUUACAACUCGCCUGGCAUUGGCGGUGCCUACGGCGAUCCAUAUUUCAUCGAACUUGCUGCCAAGCUGCUAGAAGAUGCAGAGGGGCUGAUAGCGCGACACCUGGGGGAGAUCCAGGCGGUGGAGGUCAGGUCGUAG